AUGGAAGCGGAAGCAUGUGCAGAGCGUUUUCUAUGGUGCUUCGCCCGCUACCACUGGUGGCCCGACGCUAUAACGAGCGAUAGGGGCUCGAAUUGGGUAGGCCGCUUUUGGAGGCACAUGUGCAAGUUACUGGGGAUCGACCAGCAGCUAAGCACGGCGUACCACCCCCAAACCGACGGAGGCCCUGAGAGGAUGAACCAAGAAGUACAGGCAUACCUCCGCGCCGUGAUUAACCAGAACCAGAACGACUGGGAUAAGUGGGUUCCCGCGGCUCAGAUGGCGUUAAACGGUCGGGUCAAUACCUCUAUAGGGAUGUCCCCAUUCUUCGCUAUACACGGCUAUGAGCCGAAGUCACCAGUUCCCCUCGUUACGGAAGCAUAUGCGGAAGAGUAUCCUCAGCAUUCGCCAGAAACCAGGGCAAAGAAAUUUGUUACCAAACUACAACAGAUUACGGACCUCUGCCAAGCAUCAAUGGCGACAGCUACGCAGCAACAAGAACGCUUCGCUAACAGACGACGGAACGCGGCAGAACGCUUCGAAGUAGGCGAUAAGGUUUGGCUUGACUUACGGAACUACGCGUCAGAGCGACCUAAGAAGAAGUUCGACUGGCUGCACGCUAAGUAUACGAUAAGCAAGGUACUCGACCCGUACACGGUUGAACUAGCAGACCUCCCGAGGGCUGCUAUAAUAGGUUCCACGUCGACCAACUCCGGAGAGCGGGGACGGACCCAAUGCCUGGUCAGCAACGCACAGACGCUCAACCCCAUCUAUCCAAGUAGACGGGAGGCUCACCAAGUAGUAGAGGAAAUACUAUGCGCUAGGUGGAAGAGAACCGGCCGCGGCCGUAGGCGGGAAGUCCUUGUACGCUGGCAAGGUUGGCAAGACCCGACCUGGACCUCUUUAGACAAUAUGCAACAGACAGCGGCCUUGGAUAAGUACGAACAGAGAUACGGCCCGGCUCUCGAAAACGAUGGACCAUACCAGCACCGACGAGUGGCAACGGAAGCACAGCCGGCCCAAAUACAGGGCAAGUCGAAGGAAUACAACCACAGCUGCAGAUACAGGGCAAGAGAAUACGCGGACCACUACGGGCUAGGACUAAUGGCGACGCCCCCACGCCAAAAGCAUCGCUUCGCAGAAACCGACGCAAUAAAAGCGACAGUGACAACGACUUUGGAAGCGGUGUCGAUUGUGACGAUGCAAAAUGCCGAGAAGCUGGGGAUUCGGCGCUAUCGAAGUUUCAAAGAUCUCAGCAGGACGACAGCCCCUCGGACGAGCCAGCAAGAGGCAGAAAAGUCCAACUACGAGGUAUCCGAUACCGAAAAUCUCAGUGGCGGCGAAGGUGCAACCCCUAUAUUCUCCGACGAGCCACUUACUCGCGGCGCUAAAGGAGCUCCAGACCAGGGUUCAAACGUCAGCGACGGUUCAACAGAAUACUCCAAACUCCAGAUCGACGAUUUGAAUGAGAAUCUGCAGUACAUCAAGAGCCACCGGAAACCCGAAGUCAACGAAGAAGUCACUCCAUAUUUUGAGCUGUACUGCCUCCUGCGGGACGGCAAAUAUUAUUGGAUACGCGAGUCUGUCGUUCAGAGGGCGGCCUCUGCUGCAGUGUGCACGUACUGGGGUUGCGGGGGUGAGGGGUGGAAGCUCUACGACAGACCAAAAAAAGAGGUGGGACGAGAGUUGUGGAAGCGCCCGCUAGCGACAGAUGAGGAUGGUGUCCCCCAUGCCAUUCUGGUUGUGGGACACGAUCUUCGCGACGACGGUCAAUCCAAGUUUCUCGUGCAAAAUGUCGGGUAUCCUGCGUCCCGAGCGAAAUGGUACGUCGAAAGGACAGUGAAAAGUAGGUGGCGGAGCGAGUGCGAUGACUACCACUUACGUGAUACCGAAUACUACUCCCCAACCGACAAAGCUGGACCAAAGCUCGAUACGAUCGUCGGUCAUCGCGUGUAUCGAAGCGGCAAGAACAGCUCCCUUCGGAGCUUUCAGCUCUCUUGCCAGUGGGGAGAUGGCACAGAAACUUGGGAACCCGAGGAGAAAAUCCAGCAGAAGAACAACGCCGCUGUUCUAACGUACUGGCAAAGUGACCCACAUGUGCGUAAGAAGGGCAAGUCAUAA